GCAUCUUUCUCUGUGCUAGAGAACUCGGAGUGAUGCACAUGCGUGCAGUUGCGCUGCUUUGCAACCAUUUUUAGGGUGUGUCUCUUUGAUCACCUCGAGCAUCACGAGGAGUGGGAUUGGAGUUCUUUUUGUAAUUGCAGAAGAGCUUCACAUCUCUCACUACAUGCUCCGUGGGCUUAGGAACUCCUCGUUGUUAAAGUUUUGGAACAGGCGGACGAGUCUUGUUGAGAUUGAGUCCUUGCAUCAGAACUUGUGAACCAGCUAGUCCAUUGUCUCAAGCAUUCCAGAUUUGAUGCAGUUGUGUCAUUGCCUAGAUAGAAUGCCGCAAUUCAGGUCACCUGGUCGAACUCGAUACGUGCUUUAAAGGUGUGCCUCAAUUGUGUUUUCAGUCGGAAGGCAAGGGAGUUGAGCAACGCACCUGCUCUUCUCCCGGAAUGGCGAAUUCGACAAUGCUUCGCUUGCCUCAUUCUCCCUUUCUUUUGCGAUCCUCUGGCUCCCCCAUUCUCGCUACAUCACCGCCUAAUUUUGUGUGCUUGUUUGCGUCGCCUCCACGCUCCAGGUUUGCAAUCCAAAUGCUAGCAACCAGGAUCUUUUGUAAAUCUCUGCUUCGCGAUGUCAAAGUAGAGGAUGACCAACCGGAUUGUAGUUUCCAGCUCCCACUGCUCACAGAUCACCAAGGCGCCCCCCAUCCAAUCUUGUGCCUUAGUAACGGCCACGGGGAGGAUUCCAUAGCUGCAUCUAUUCUUACACAACUCAUGGCGCUUGGAGAAGAAAGUGAGAUGGACUUGAAAAUUGAAGCAUUGCCUUUAGUCGGCGAGGGCCAUACAUAUCGUCGCAGAGGGAUUGCAACGCUAGGCCCCGCCAAGAAUAUGCCUAGUGGCGGGUUUAUAUACAUGGACCUUUCCCAGCUGAUCGGGGAUGUCCGAGCAGGUCUAUUAUCACUUGUGCUUGAACAGUGGGAUGUGGUUGCAGAUUGGGUAGAUAGAAAUUCAGGUGGAGUUAUUCUUGCUGUAGGGGAUGUGUUCCCUCUUGCUCUUGCAUGGCUAGCUUCACAGCGACUGAAAAGAAACUCAAGCGUGAACAGCUCAUCAAGGUCAAGAGGUUUCUUUGCUUUCGUCGGCACCGCAAAAAGUGAAUUCUAUGUGCGAGAAGAUGAUGGCACUCGCCUCAGAUCUGCUUGGUUUAGAAAUCUGGAGUUGCUGCUUUUCCCAGGGAGUGUGUAUUUUCCAUGGGAGCGUGCGCUGAUGUCGGAUUCAUACUGCAGGCUGGUGGUACCCAGAGAUAACUUGACUGCUCAGUACCUCCAAAAGUACCUAGCCCAAUCUGAUCGAAUUAAGGUUCAAAGUUUAGGAAAUCCAAUGAUGGAUGACCUUGAGCCAACUGGAGUGCUUUCCUUUCUUGCGAACUACAAGCCGGCAAAGUUUAUUGCUGUUCUUCCAGGGUCCAGAACACCAGAGGUUCACAGUAACUGGACACAGCUGUUGGUUGUUGCGCAAGAAGUAUCAUCCUCUUUCAUUCACGAUAAACUUGUAUUUCUCGUGCCACUUGUACCAUCUUUAGAACCAGGUCCAUUUAUGGAAACGCUUCUAGAAGCACAUUGGCAGCCUCAUUUGCUGAGCCUUCAUGCUUACAACGCUGGCCAAUCUGUUUCAGCAUGGGCUUACGAUAUCAGGAUUCUUCAAGGACCUUUAUUGGAAAACCACCGAAUUUGGCCUGCUAAUAAUGGCGCGGCAUUGGUAGCAUUUGAAAAAGAAAAUGCCGUAUUCGUACUGAUUCGGGGUAACUUCAACGAUGUAGCGGAUUGGGCAGUGGCAGGAAUUGCUAUGGCGGGGACUGCAACAGAGCAGCUUGUCGGACAAGGAAAGCCUGUCUUCACGAUUCCAGGUCGUGGGCCUCAAUUCACUGCUGCAUUUGCCGAGGCUCAAUCACGUCUACUUGGAGAAUCUAUCAUCCUGAAUGCGAACGCCAAAGACCUGGCUAAUAGUAUGAAGGAUGUGAUGUCCAAGGUCGAUCGACUAGCACAUAUUGCCAGCAACGGUUGCAGGCGAAUGGGACAAAGAGGUGCAAGCAAACGAAUUUCUCAAGAACUCUGCAGACUGAUGACAACUCAAGAUUGAGGGGUCAUGUUCUUCAUACAAAAUUUUGAGUCAACUAUAUCGUGGUCACUGGCUUCUUUUGAAACCUAUGUGAAGGCAAGUGUUCGUGAGCAAGUUUUACAAGUCUUUGUUAAACUUGUACAGAAAAUUCCACUGUGAACAAUUUUUUUCGGAAAGAUGACUAAAUGGGGGAAUCUAAUUGAUCUUCAGUUUAUUGCAA